AUGGUAACUUGGAGAAAACCAAAUGAAGGCACUUACAAGCUAAAUACAUAUGGGAGUGCACUACAAGAAUCUGGGAAGAUUGGAGGAGGAGGCAUAGUAAGGGAUCAUCAAGGUAACUUAAUUAAUGCAUUUUCCUUACCAUUUGGUCUAGGCACUAACAAUAUUACAGAGAUAAAGGCUGCAUUAUAUGGAUUGGAUUGGUAUGAACCACAUGGUUAUAGAAGCAUUGAAUUUGGAAGUAGACUCAGAAAUGUUGUGCAAAUGGAUAAGCAAUACAGUAGCAAUACCUUGGAGAUAUCAAAAGACAAUCCAACAAAUUCAAGACAUUAG